AUGGAGGAGAAUGAAUCAACACAGAAUGAAACAGGAGAACUGAAAGCUGUUAAUGCAGUGGAGUUUAUUUACAGCAUUGGAUCUGGACCAGUGUUUGUUCGCAGAUUCACUUGUGACUGUGUCAGAUUCGGGCCGGGAGCUGGGAGACUUCUCUCCUACAUAUCCAGAAAUCUUGAGAUACUGGAAGAGAAUCAUCAUGAAUAUGUAAAGCUAGAAAAGCAGACUGUGGACCGGAAAGUGCAUAUUGUUAAACAGGAUGAUCAACUAGUGUUAAACCGGAUCAUCUCAGAGAAAGAGGGAGUGAAGACACAAACCCACACAUGUCCACUGAGUUCUCUAAAAGGUUUUGUGUCUGAGGCAUCCAACUUAAUGAUCCUGCGUAUACUGGCUCGGCAGAAGACUGUUCCAGAAAACAUGACAUUCCUGUCAUUUGAUGCAGAUACUGUGCUUUCUAAGUCAGUUUAUAGAGCACUGGGUGCAAGAAGCAGAUGAUUGGGGAACAGUUAGUCGAUAUCUUUGGGAUUGAAAGGACUGUGUCCUCUCCAAAGGACUCCUAAGGAACUUGGCAUUGCUAUUUCUUGCCUGAUGGGCAUCUAGCAAGCAGAAUGCACUUGGGCUCACCUGCGAUUAUGAAGCUCCAGCAUUUGCCUUUCUUGCUUGAUGGAGGUUUGAAGACUUCAU